AUGAACGCUUUUGGCUUGAUACAAAUUGGCCUCAUACUGGUCUGCACCACCACCAUCUCCAGUCUUCAGUGUAAUCACCUUCCUUUACAGCAAAGAAAAAUGAUCAAGAACAGCCUGCAACUUUUGGACAAAAUGGGCAAAAAGUUUCCUCAACACUGCCUAAGAGAGAAAAUGUCCUUCAGAUUUCCUGAGCAGGUUCUAAAGCCCAGACAGAAAGACACUGUCAAAGUAGCUGUUGAAGAGAUUUUCCAACACAUCUUCUAUAUCUUCAGCAAAAAUCUGACUCUAGCUGCUUGGGAUGGGAGAGCUUUAGAACAAUUCCAAAAUGGACUUUAUCAGCAAAUUGAGCAGUUGGAGGUGUGUGUAAUCAAGAAGAAGACUCACUACUUUCAGAGCAAAGAAGUCAACAGGCUGAAACUGAAAAAGUACUUCCAAAAAAUAGACUGUUUUCUUAAAGACAAACAACACAAUCUGUGCUCCUGGGAGAUCAGUCGUGCAGAAAUGAGGAGAUGUCUUCAAUUGAUCGAUAAAGUCAUAAGGAAGCUUAACAACUAA